UGAGAUGGAUCAAAGGCUACUUGCAGCAAUAGUGAGGAAUGACCUACCCAGUUUCAUUAGAUUAUUUCAAGAAGAUGAAGCAAUUCUGGAACAAACCACUAAAUCCUUGAGCACAGCACUACACAUUGCUGCAAGGUAUGGACACAUCAAAUUGGUGACAGAAAUUAUUAGAUUGCGGCCAGAGAUGACUGCAGCUGAGAAUAAGAACUUGGAGACUCCAUUGCACGAUGCCUGUCGCCAGGGGAAUGCAGAUGUUGUAAGGCUACUAAUGUAAACCGAUCCAUGGGUGUCUUGCAGGUGUAACUCUGAAAAAAGUUUAUUGUUCAUUGCCUGCAGCAACGGGCAUCUGGAAGUAGUAAAGUUUCUAUUGUGUCAGCCCUGGUUGCUGGAGACAGAAGAAAAUAAUGAUGAUCUAACUUCUCUUCAUGUUGCAGUUUCUAAAGGGCAUGCAGAUAUAGUUGCGCAUUUGUUGAAAAUAUGUCCAAACUUGGCUCAAAAGAUUGACAAAAAUGGAUAUUCUCCAUUGCACUAUGCUUGUAGUAAAGGACGUGUUGCGAUAACGAAAAUGCUUCUAUGGUUUGACUCAGACCUUGCUCUGCAAUUUGAUAACCAUGGUUACACACCAUUGCAUUUGGUAGCUAUGAACGGUGAUGUUGCAAUCUUCAAGGAAUUUAUGGCAGCAGCUCGGUCAUCCUUUCAGAUGCUCACAAAAAAUGAAUCAGAAACUGUGUUUCAUCUUGCUGUAAGAUUCAAUCAUUCUGAUGCUCUUAAAUAUUUGACAAAGGUUUUCAGUUCCACCUAUCUCCUCCACAGAGCAGACAGAUUUGGUAACACCAAUUUACAUAUUGCAAUCUCCCAAGGAAACUAUAAUUUAGCUGAGUAUAUCUUGCCUAAAAUGAAGACGAAAAUUAAUUAUUGGAACUAUGAAGGACAUACCGCCCUUGACAUCCUCAGCCAGGCUGGAUCUGCUUCAGGCAUUCAGCACCUUAAGGACCAGAUAAUGAAAGCAGGAGGCAAAAUGGGCAUUGAAAUUCCUCAAUCACUGAUACCUGAAAUCCCCACAGAUGCACUAGAAAAUGAACCUGGUAGGUCUCUAGCCUAUAUAUAUGACAUUCAAAUGCAGGAACAUAAUAAAGCAGUCCAGAAUCAAGACAGAGAGAAACCGAAAGUUCAGGGUAGCCACUUAUCUGAACCGGAGUCCUCAUCAAAACGGAGUACCCAAACCAUUACGCCUGAGCAGAAGCGUCAGAGCAAGAAACACAGGCGAGAACUAAUUCAGAUGUACAAGCGUGAUCAUCAUAAACAUCAUGAUGCAUAUAGAGAGGCGCUACAAAAUGCACGGAACACAAUCACACUAGUCUCCAUUUUGAUUGCCACAGUUACAUUCACUGCAGGCAUUAGUCCUCCUGGUGGUGUCUACCAGGAAGGACCAUUGAAGGGAAAAUCAACAGUGGGAAGAACAACAGCUUUUAAGGUGUUUGCAAUAAGCAACAACAUUGCAUUGUUCACAUCUUUAUGCAUUGUGGUUGUUCUAGUCAGCAUCAUCCCCUUUCGAAGAAAAUCACUGAUGAAGCUGUUGGUUGUUGCUCACAAGGUAAUGUGGGUGGCUGUAGCCUUCAUGGCGACGGCUUAUGUUGCAGCUACAUGGGUGAUCAUGCCACAUGGCCAGGGGGAUAAAUGGACAUUGGAGGUUCUAGUGUCCAUUUGCAGUGGGACUGUUGGAUCUGUCUUUGUUUGUUUAGGAGUUAUGUUGGUUAGACACUGGCUGGGCAAGUUGAAGUGGAGGAAACAUAAGGGGAAACAGGAGAGUAAAGAGAAAGAGAAAGAGAAAGAGAAAGAGAAGGAUGAAGAGACUGGGAUUUCUGCUGAUGUUAAUGAAGAUGAAAAUAAAUCACUUUCUAGUAACUCUGAUGUAUUCAGUUCCAUAUCUUCAGGAUACGGAUUUCAUCCGUACUGAACAUUUUAUUUAAGGCCAACUUUUCUGAAGUACUUCUUGGUUGUUUCCAUAUAAGCUAUCUUUAUUCCAGGAAAACAUUGCAUUGUUCAAUUGAAAAUUCCUUAAUUGAAAGAUGCAUUGAAUGAUAUUGCUUAUAGGAUAAUUCAGACGCAUUUUUCAGUAACACGAUUUCUAUUGCAAAGACUGACUAGAUAUGUAUCCUAUUAGUUAUCGUA